AUGCUCUUAGAGGUGCGCUGGGUGCCAACAGACCCCGGCGAGAGUCUCUGCUUCUACUCUGUGUCCGAGGACGGCCGCGUGUCCGAGUGGCUGGUCCGGCCUUCCGCUCUCGUCCACGCUGAUAUCCUCGACUUCAUCGCCAGCGCGCAGAACGCCAAGUUAUCUAAAGAAGCAUCCAAGUUCUUACUCGAAGGCAGAGCCACCUGCAUAGCGCUGAACCCGAACGACAAGACGGACAUGCUGGUGGGCGUCGACACGGGCGAGGUGCUGCGGCUGAAGACCUCGAGCACCCACGCCCUUACGCGCUACCCCGCCCACGUCGGCGCCGUGAGGGACGUCGCCUGGAACGCCCACCACUGCAAGGUCUUCGCUUCCUGCUCCUUGGACUGGACGCUUAAGAUCUGGAUCCGCGAUUGCCUAUGUUCCACUAUUCCAGCAAUCGUGCAUCCUAGACGAUUAAUUGGAGAUAUUGAUACAGUGGCUGCACAGUCUGAGCCAUGCAGGAUUAUGGCAAUGGGAAGGAGAGACACUUUGAUCAUGUCGCCGCUGGUGACCCUCGACCUCGGCUCGCCGGUCGGGAGCGUCUCGUGGUCCCCCUACAGCAGCAGUGUGGUCGCGGCGGCCACGGACGAAGGGCGCAUCUACGUGUACGACCUGUUCCUCCGCAAGUGCCAUCCGCUGUGCUCGCAAAACCUUAACCAGCGGCGUCGACUUGGCCUCUCCUGCGUCGCCUUCAACCCCUUCAGCCCCGUCGUGCUCGUCGGCGGAGAGAAGUAUUUCUUCAGAGGUCUCUCACUCCGACACUUCGAGAUUUCCUAUUCCCAAACCUCGAAAAACUCGCCUCUACCUAACAACACGCUUCGACCCAGUCCUAAGGCAGCAUCGUUUCCUUCCAGAGGCUACCUGAUGACGCUGAAGCUCUCUCCCAACCUGCGUCGGCCGUACAAGGAUGCGAAGGGCGCCGAGGAGAUGAGGCAGGCGGAGAUCGAGCUCUGCAAGAUGGAGAGGAUCAUCGCCACCAGCAAGGAGUGGGAGAAGCCGGGAGAUGAGAAGAGGAAGUUUUCUCCU